CCGGGCAACAGGCGGGACUUCCGGUGACGUCGUAGCGGAUGGGACCUUACGGCGAGCCGUCAGAAAGGGCUUGGUCCGGGUCUGGUCGCUGUGUCACCGGGUUGUGAGUCAGCGCAGCCCCCAGAUAUUACACCAAACCCGGCGGCAGACGCUGGAAACCCGAAGCCCAGUAGAUGAACGUCGUCCUCGGCUAUGCUGUCCUGAGAGCGCCGCCGCCGGUACCCGCCCUGCCAUCAUGUCUGAUGUCAACAAGACUCUUCAGAAAUGGCACGCCAGUUUCAGAAAAGGCACAGACUUUGACUCUUGGGGACAAUUAGUGGAGGCAAUAGACGAGUACCAGAUCCUUGCCCGGCAACUGCAAAAAGAAGUUCAGUCGACAAACUCAUCAGACUUCACUGAAGAUCAAAAGAAAACUUUAGGGAAGAUUGCAACAUGCCUGGAGAUGAGAAGUGGCAGUUUGCAGUGCACGCAAACAACAGAAGAGUUCAAGCUGGAAGACUUAAAGAAACUGGAGAGCAUUAUCAAAAACCUGCUGACGUUCAACAAAGAAUUUCCCUUCGACGUCCAGCCGGUGCCCUUAAGAAGAAUCCUCGCUCCCGGUGAGGAGGAGAACCUGGAGCUGGAGGAAGAGGAUGCCGCAGCCGUCGCCGGUUCCACCGAAGCGUUCCCCACCAGAGCUCCCGUCGUACAAGGUACCCUGUUGCCACGGUUACCAUCCGAGCCCGGGAUGACGCUCCUGACGAUAAGAAUAGACAAAAUCGGUCUGAAAGAUGCGGGGCAAUGCAUCGACCCUUACAUGACCGUUAGUGUCAAAGAUUCGAACGGGGUGGACUUUAACCCAACACAGGACACCCCUGUCGCUACCAAGAAGGAAGACAUCUACAUUCAUUUCAGCAUGGAUGUGGAGAUCCAAAGGCAUCUAGAAAAAAUACCCAAAGGGGCAGCCAUUUUCUUUGAAUUCAAGCACUACAAACCCAAAAAGAGGUUCACCAGCACAAAAUGCUUUGCCUUCCUGGAAAUGGACGAGAUCAAGCCUGGACCCAUCGUGAUUGAACUGUACAAGAAGCCCACAGACUUUAGGAGGAAGAAACUGCAGCUUCUAACAAAGAAGCCACUUUAUCUUCAUCUGCAUCAAACCUUGCACAAGGACAGCUAGAACACAGCACCGUUAAAUCAAAGUAUGUUCUUGUUUUCCAAGACGAUUUGUGGAAAGUGACGGGAACCCAGCCAAAAUGUUGUUCCAACAGUACUGUAGAUCCUCUCGCUGCCUCACAAGUUAAUUUCCUCCACAAGACUAUAAGUACAAUACUGUCAUUGUAAUAUUUAUUAACAGAGGCAUAAUAUAGGGUUUGCUUUAGGCUAAUUAAAAAUGGGCAUUUUUACAGUUUUCAUGGGUCUGGCCAAUCAGGAUUUUACACCAUUCUCUGAAGGGGUGCUGUGAACGUAACCCCUGCGAACAGCGAGGAUCUACUGUACGUGUUUUCUUUCAAAUGAACCCUCACAUUCCCUUUUUGGCUUGCUGUAAAACAGUUAUGUGUUUUCAGUUCAUUGACAGUCUUCCUUCAAACACAGCGCCAGGUGCUUGUCUUUGUUUGCACUGUUGGACUUUGAAACGGGAUCCUGUAAAACAUCACAAAACAAUGCUGCCAAAACGUGGACUUGUGACCUGUCUUGAAUCCGGUUACAGGUGCAAAAUUAAGUAUAUUGUUCUCUACAAAACUCAAGAUGGAUUAUUAAAAAUGAAGCUCAAAGGUGA